AGACCCAGAUGUUAUGCAGUUAACAAGCCUUGGGACGUGCUCUGAAAGAACAGUGGAGAAGGUCCUAGAUGAGGAGAUGCCCAGCUCAGAUACGCAGUGUCAGAAAUUCAGGAAAUUCUCCUACGAGGAGGCUGAUGGUCCUCGAGAGGUUUGUACCCGACUCCACCACCUUUGCCGUCAGUGGCUCAAGCCAGAGCAACACACAAAGGCUCAGAUCCUGGACCUGGUCAUCUUGGAGCAGUUCCUGGCUAUCCUCCCCCUGGAGAUGUCGAGCUGGGUGAGAGAAUGUGGAGCCGAGACCACUUCCCAGGCGGUGUCGCUGGCAGAAGGUUUCCUGGGUCUGAAUCAGGCAGAAGAGAGAAAGCAGGAAGAGCUAGAGUUGGGAAAUCUCUCUGUAGAAAAUCAGUCUGAGGAACCUCAGCAACAAGAGAUCAAUCAAGGGAACGAAGAAGGUGUCAGCUUUAUAGGGGCCGGCGCGAGGCCAACGACAAGUAGUCCUUCAUCUCUUCCUUGCUGUGGAGACGCCGAUCUGGUAGGGCAAAGGCCUUGCAUAUUUCGAUUAUGUACUGUAUUUUAUGUUUACAAUUUGUGCCUAACUGCUUAUUUAAUGUACUACUAUUAUAUUUUUGAAACAGAAUAGCGUACAACACUUAAUGGGGCAGAGAGAAAGAGUGAGAGUGUAUUGUGUAUCUGGGGUGUAUGUGUGUAUUAGUAAAUGAAUUUGUAAAAAUUCCUAACAAAUCCCUGUACAUUCAACCACUUUUGCUCUUAUUCAGUCUGACAUUUUCUUUUUAAUGAAAUGCUCCAUUUGAUCAGUGCUUACGUAGAAGGCUGGUAUAGUAUGGUCUUCCCAGUGUGAUAAAGAGCAAUACCUAACCAUCCGUUUCCAUGUCCAAUACAAAGUCCUGUUUAUUACCCUAUAAAAAUCUAGAUGGCAAUCUGAAGGACCGUCUCUCCCCAUGUGAGCCUCCUCGGCUCUUAAGAGCUUCACAGGGGACCCACCUCUGGGCCAUCACAGGUACACCUGAUGGGGACACGAGAAAGGGCCUUCUCUGUGGCAGCUUCAGUUUACUCAGGAGAUUGUCCCUUACUUUACUCCCUCCACCAACAGCUUCAGACUGGCUUU